CCCUCAAUCUUCUGAUCCGAAGUCAGACGCCUUAUCCAUUAGGCCACGCGGUCGCUGCGCUGCCAGCCCCCGGGGCUGCUCCAAAGUACCUCUGCACCUACUAUGACAUUGUUGACUACCUGAACAUCUCCUCGCAUGACAAGCUGCACACGUACAUUCUGCCCAAGAUAAACCUGAAGGAGCCUGUGGAAGUGAAGGUGGAUUUCUUUCUGGUGGCAAUUCUCUCUGUGGUGGAAAAGCUCCAGACAGUCAGUUUUUAUUUCGUCCUGAGCCUGGAAUGGCAGAACCCUUUUGCAUCCUGGGACCCACGGGAUUUCUGUAACAUCUCUGAAAUUGUUCUGCCCAUGGAUACGUAUUGGUCACCCCCCAUCUUCAUCUUAGAGCGAGUGAACGGGCAAAACCCAGAGCUGAAUUACGUGGUCCUCAUGCACAACGGCAGCUUCAACUCCACCCGGCCCUACCAGGUCACCCUGACGUGCAGUUUGAUAAUCUUCAAGUUUCCCUUCGACACCCAGAUGUGCAACUUGAGCAUAGCUUCAUUCCUCUACCCAGUAACAGACUUUGUCAUGAAGACGAGACGGACACCAGCUGAGAUCAUGAAAGAAAGCAAGAGUUUAAUCCUAACUGAUGGAGAAUGGAAGUUUACCAACCUGAGCAUCAUUGAAUUCACGGAAAUGAUGGAUGACAAAGGAUUUUCUGUGGUCACCUAUGUGGUAUGGCGGCACUUCCAUAUUAUAUUGCACUGACUUGGCACCAAAAAAAAACACAGUAUAAAACAAGAUGAUUUUUUACCUUAGGGGACCAGCAUUUGUAAACACAUUGAGUAAUCUCCUGCUCAUCAAAUUUUGCCCAUCUUCCUCAACAGAUUUCCAUGGAGAGACGACCCACUCUCUACAUUCUGAACCUGAUCCUCCCAACGUGUGCCCUGUACUUGCUGGACAUGGCUGUGUUGUUUGGUCCCAGCUCUCUCGAGGAGAAAAUCAACUUCCAGAUUGCCAUCAUCCUCGGCAGCUCCAUGCUGGCUGUGAUUCUCAACAACAGCCUCCCAACUUCCUCCAACAAACCACCCAUAAUAGGUACCCACCUUUAUCGAGUAAAUGCUGAUUUUUACCAGCCCUAAGGAAGGUUUUUAGGUGUUGAUAGACAUGUUCAUGAACACUGAAGUCAUGAACAGCUAAGCUUGAUUAGCUUGCUGCAGUUAGACUUUCCCUCUUCCCCACAGGCAAUGGAGUAUAAGAAAAUGUCAAUUAUCUAGAGCUUUCUCUGUUUCCCUGUUGUUCUGCAGUGGUGUUUUUCCUGGGCACCUUCCUGCUCAUGAUCAUGGCUGUGUUAGACACCUUCUUCCUGUUGUACCAGCAGCGCAAAUCCAGGCACUUGGACAAGGUCCUCAGGAGCUUCCAGCAAGGUAAAACAGCCCGUAACACCUGUAACAGAGAAGGUUUGGGGCAUUUUCCUGCACAUUUGGUGGAGCCAGGGUGGGUUCCCUCAGGGGCAAACAAGCCCCACUGUGCUGACACUGCCCUUUGCUCCCUGCAGACCCACACGAGCUGCCCAAGAGACCCCCAGGCAGUCUGGCCAAGGGGGGUCCCCAGCUGCUGCACCCUCCCAAGAAGGCCCAGGGACAAGGGCAGCCUACCAAGCGCCUCCGGCAGCUGCAGGAGCUGGACCAGUUUCUUCCAGUUCUGGAGAAGGUGCUUCUCUUCAGCCACCUCUUCCUGUCCCUGUUCUUUUUUACUGUGAUUUCUGUAAAAUGGAGCAGCUGAAGAGCAGCUCUGCCCAGUGCCAGCUCAGUUGCUCUCUAUUGUGUUGCUUCUGACCCCCUGUUGUAAUUUGCUCCUGGUCAAUUCACAGAGCUGCAGUUCAGUCGCCUGAAUAAAAUAAAAUUAAAUUAAAGUCCAAAACCACAGGACCCAAGAUCUGCAUGUGUAGUGCUUUGUACUCUGGUUCAGUAGAACUACAGACGUUCUUGAAGUAUUCUGUGGGCUACUAAGGUAUUUAAUAAAAAAGUUGUAAAAUCUGGGGAUAACACCUUCAUUCUACCUAUCUGUAAUUCUGACCUCCAACAUGACCAAGAAGAAAGGGAGCUCAUUGCCUUCUCUUAUAGGAGUUUCCAUCUUGAGGGGAGGUGUUUAAGAAUUCCACCUCAGAUUAUUAAAUAAAACAAUGCAAGUUUUUACUAUUGUUUCUGUGAGUUCCAGUGAGAUCAGCACCAUUGAGAAAUCCAGGGCAAAGGAAAAGGAGCACCAUGAUUAAGUGUUUUUAAAAAAACCUAAAAAAGUAACCUUGUUUAUGUGCAUCUCAACACACCAACACUCCUUCAACUCCUUUUUCAAUUAGCUUUUCCUAAACAAUCACAAUCAGCCCAGAAAACAGCCCCAGACCUGUGCCUGUAGAAGUCCUGAGAUACCCCAGACACACACAAAUCACUGCCAAAUACACUCCAGCAUCUCAAAGGACUACACACGUUCAAUUUCUGAACAAGUGUCUGCCUGCAAGGGCA